AUGGCUGCUCGGCUGCUCCUGCCGGCGGCGCGGUGGCUGGUGGCCGGGGCCCGGACCGGGCGGGCCGGGAUCACCACCGCGCCCAGCUGCAACAAGAAGCGGUGGCUUCGCGCCUACCUGGAGCAACAGCGACUGGAGGAGCAACCACGGCGACGGUCAGAGAAGCCAAACUGGGAUUACCAUGCCGAGAUACAAGCCUUUUGCCACCGCCUACAUGAGAAUUUUUCGUUGGAUCUUCUUAAGACAGCCUUUGUUAACUCUUGUUACGUUGAAAGCGAGGAGGCCAGACGCCGACAGCUCGGGCUGGACAAGGAAGCAGUUGCUCUUCACCUCCAGGAUAACAGUAAACUUAGCGAGCAGGGGAUGGCUUUUUCACGCUCCUACCUGAUGCAGUGCUUUGAAGCUGCCUACCCAGAUCUGCCUGCAGCAGGAACAGGAGCACUUGUUGAUUUUCUUACCAGUCAGGAACUGGUUUCUUAUGUGGCUCAAAACCUGUCCAUACAGGACCUGACACUCUGCAGAGACUUUCCUGUCCCACCAGAUGUGCUACAGAGGACAUUCUUUGCUGUGAUAGGAGCUCUGCUUGACAGCAGUGGGCCUGAAAAAACAGGGAUCUUUGUCAGGGAUUUUUUUAUUCCCCAACUGAUCGGAAAAGACCUGUUUGAGAUCUGGGAAGUGAUAAAUCCUAUGGGCUUACUUGUGGAAGAACUGAGCAAGAGGAAUAUCUCUGCUCCAGAACCAAGAAUUACCAGACAGCUGGGAGUCAGUACAGUUCUGCCACUGUACUUCGUUGGGUUGUACUGUGAUAAGAAGAUCAUAGCUGAAGGUCCUGGUGAAACGUUGCUUGCCGCAGAGGAAGAAGCAGCCCGUGUGGCACUGCGGAAGCUCUAUGGGUACACAGAGAACAGGAGACCCUGGGAUUACUCAAAACCCAAACCAGCACUGCCAGCAGCAAAGGCCAUCAGCAGUAACUAGAUGAUAAAAGACAUUUCUGGUUUUUCUUCAAAACUAGUGGCUUCUGUGCUUAACGUGGAUGUGUUUGGAAAAACAAAAUUCUGGUUUUGGUUUUCUGGUCUUCAGUGCUUGAAAGUUUCAAAUCAAAUAUAGUAUUAAAAUAAAGUCUUUUCUUUUUGUACCAAGUUUAAUUUAU